UUUCUGUUUAUAAAACUACAGGAUUAAAGGAUUCAACGGCAGUUUGGAUCUUGUGUCAUGGCAGAAGCAGGGAGCCAACAGGGCCAAUGGGAGGAAGGUUUUGAGGAUGAAUUUGGAGAAAUCAUCAAAACUCGAUCAGAUGAAAGAGAAGAUGUUCAAAAGAAAACCUUCACAAAAUGGAUAAACUCACAGUUUGCUAAGACAAGAAGACCCCCUAUCGAUGACCUCUUCACUGAUCUGUGUGAUGGCCGACGUCUUCUUGAACUCCUGGAGGGUCUCGUUGGCCAUGAACUAGUUAAAGAACGUGGUUUCACUCGAGUGCACUCCCUCAACAAUGUUAACAGGGCCCUGCAGAUCCUUCAGAAGAACAAUGUUGAGUUGGUGAACAUUGGAGGAGCUGACAUUGUAGAUGGGAAUCAUAAACUGACCCUGGGGCUCAUCUGGAGCAUCAUUCUCCACUGGCAGGUUAAGGAUGUGAUGAAAGAUGUCAUGGCAGACCUACAGCAGACAAACAGUGAAAAGAUUCUGUUAAGUUGGGUCAGGCAGUCCACUAAAAACUACAAAGACAUCAGUGUGGUCAACUUCUCCAGCAGCUGGGCCAAUGGUUUUGCCUUCAAUGCUCUCAUUCACAGCCACAGGCCAGAGCUGUUUAACUGGAGUGUGGUAGAGCAACAGGAUAAUGCCAUUGAGAGACUGGAUCACGCCUUCAACGUUGCGGAGAAGAGUUUAGGCAUCGACCGACUGUUGGACCCUGAGGAUGUUGCUAUAGCUCAUCCAGAUAAGAAAUCCAUCAUCAUGUACAUCACCUCUCUGUUCCAAGUGCUGCCCCAUGGCGUGAGCAUGGAGGCCAUCCAAGAGGUAGAGACACUCCCUCGAGCUAAAGUAGCCAAGGAGGAGCACGUCCUCUUUCAAACCCAACAGCGGUACUCCCAGCAGAUCACAGUCAGUGUGGCCCAGAGUCGUGUUCGCAGCCCAUCUCCCUCCUAUAAGCCUCGAUUCAAAAGCUAUGCCUUCACUCAAGCUGCCUACGUCAAGACGCCUGAACAGCAGAGGAAGUUCCUCACCACACAGUCUCCAGACAAGCCCGAUGAACUGCGACCAUCCCCCAGUCCCCUGCCACAGGGGCUAAAUGAGCUGGAAAGCUACCAGAGUGCCCUGGAGGAGGUCCUGACCUGGCUGCUCUCUGCGGAGGACGGCUUGCAAGCACAGCCACCCAUCUCCUCUUUUGUCGAAGAAGUCAAAGAGCAGUUUCACACCCAUGAGGGCUACAUGGUGGAGUUAACGUCUCAUCAGGGCAGUGUGGGCCGUGUUCUCAAAGCAGGAAGUGUGUUGUUGUCUGGAGGGCAGCUGACUGAUGAUGAAGAGAGGGAGGUGCGGGAACAGAUGAAUCUGCUCAACUCUCGCUGGGAACAUCUGCGUGUGGCCAGUAUGGAGAGACAGAGCAGGCUUCAUAAAGUUUUGAUGGACCUGCAGCACCAGCAACUGAAGCAGCUCUCUGAUUGGCUGGACAUAACCGAAACGCGGAUUAAAAGAAUGGGAGCACAGCCCUUAGGACCUGAACUUGAUGACAUAAAGCGUCAAAUUGAAGAGCAAAAACUCUUACAGGAAAAUCUGGAGCUGGAGCAAGUGCGAGUGAACUCUCUGACUCACAUGGUGGUGGUAGUAGAUGAGAACAGUGGUGAUGGCGCCACCGCAGCCUUGGAGGAAAAACUGCAGAAUCUUGGGGAACGAUGGGCAGCAAUCUGCAAAUGGACUGAAGAGCAUUGGAUCCUCCUUCAAAAGAUCCUGCUGUGCUGGCAGCAUUUCUCUGAGGAACAGCUGCUGUUUGAUUCUUGGCUGACUCAGAAGGAGGAGUUAGUUCAGUCCAUUCAAAGCAGCGGCACAAAUGACCCGAAUGAAGUAGCCGCCAACCUCAGGAAGCUCGCUAUUUUAAAAGCAGACCUGGAGUUGAAAAGGCAAACCAUGGACAAGCUUUGCUCCCUCGUUCAAGAUCUGCUGGCCAACAUUAAGAGCAAAGAGACUGCUGGGAAACUAGAGGCAAAGCUGGAGAGGUUUGCUCAGCGCUGGGACAAAUUGGUACAGUCGCUUCAGCUCACCAGCACCAAGUUUUCAACUAUUGUCACCACAUCCCAGUCGGAGCUCACGCAUACAACCAUGGCAACUGUCACCAAGGUGACCACAAACCAGAAAAAGAUGGUGAAGCAUACUAAGGAGGGCAUGUCUACCCCUCCACCUCAGAAGAAGCGACAGAUUGUUGCUGAUUCAGAACUGCGGAAAAGAUUUGAUGUGGACUUCACUGAAAUUCACAGUUUUAUGACCCGGUCAGAGGCUGUUUUGCAAAAUCCAGAGUUCUCAAUCUCCCGUAAGGAGGGCAGUGUGGCAGAACUGUAUGAGAAAGUGCUGGCAAUUGACAGGGAAAAAUCUGAAAAGUUCAGGAAGUUACAGGAAGCCACUCGUUCAGCCCAGGCUUUGGUGGAUCAACUCACUAGCGAUGGUCAGAAUUCCGAGGACAUCCAGCAAGCAGCUCAGCAGUUACGUGCUCGAUGGGUUGACUUCUGCGCUCUCCUGGCCGAAAGGCUGGCGUGGUUGGCCUACCAGACCAAAGUCCUGGCCUUCUACAAUCUCUUCCAGCAACUUGAGCAAGCUGUGGUGGUUGCCGAGAACUGGCUCAAGGUGCAGUCGCCGCCCGCAUGCGAGCCGGAGCCUCUGAGGAUUCAGCUUGAGCGCUGCAGGGAUGAGAUUGCUCGCCUCUCCAUUCUCCAGCCACAAGUGGACAAGCUGCAUGAACAACUUCAGGAGCUGCAGCAGAAAGAAGAGACGCCUGUUCUCUUUGAUGCUGACAUCUCUGCCUUCCAAGAGCACUACCACCAUGUCCUCGAGGACCUGAGGGCCAGGGAAAGACAGCUUGUCUUGGUCCAGUCUAGUCUUCCACCAGCACGUUAUAAGGAUGUGAUGGCAGCGCUGCUGGCCUGGCUGCAGCAGUGUGAGAAUAAACUAGCCAUCCCCUCCACAGCAGUGACUGAGUACCCUGUCAUGGAGCAGAGGCUCAAAGACAUCAAGGCAAUUCAAGCAGCACAGAAGGCGCAUCAGGGUGAUGUGGAUGACCUAAAUAAAAUGGCUGAGCAAGUAUUCCAGAAAGCGCCACCAGAGAUCUGUCAGAAGUACCGGACCGAGCUGGACAACGUGAUGGUGCGCUGGAGGCGUGUGUCUGAGCAGCUGGAAGAGAACAUCCAGAAGCUGCAGGAUCACAUGACCAAAUUACAGCAGUUCCAGAAUGACACAAAGACUCUGCAGAAGUGGAUGGCAGAGGUCGAUGUUUUCCUGAAUGAGGAAUGGCCAGCUCUGGGAGACGCAGAGGCUUUGGAGAAACAGUUGGAACAGUGCACGGCUCUGGUGAACGACAUCCACACCGUCCAACCAAGUCUGAACGGCAUCAAUGAGGUGGGACUGGCCUUGAAGAGGGAAGCUGAGACACCGUUUGCCAUCAAAAUACAGAAGAUGCUUGAUGAGCUCAAUGCUCAGUGGGAGCUCAUUUGCAAACAGGCUUAUGCAAAGAAAUCAGCCCUGAAAGGAGGGCUGGACAUGACGGUGAGUUUGAGGAAGGAGAUGCAGGAAAUGCAGGAGUGGAUCACUCAGGCGGAGGAAGAGUAUCUGGAGCGAGACUUCCAGUACAAAACACCUGAGGAGCUUCAUAAGGCAGUGGAGGAGCUAAAGCGGGCUCAAGAGGAAGUCCAUCAAAAGGAAACAAAGGUGAAGCUACUGACGGAUAAAGUCACUAAUUUCAUUUCAAAGGCUCCUCCAGCUGCCCAUGAUGCCCUGAAGGCAGAACUGGAUGUUUUGACUUCUAACUACCAGCGACUGUGUAGCCGGCUCGAUGGAAAAUGCAAGACUUUAGAGGAGGUGUGGGCAUGCUGGUGUGAGCUGCUGUCUUAUUUGGAGUUGGAGAAUGCCUGGAUGGACCUACUGGAAAAGAAAAUUGAUGAAACAGAAAGCCUUCAAGGAGGUGUAGAGGAAAUAGAAGAUGCUUUGACUUCUUUAGACACCAUGAUUAGGGAGCAUCCUGAGUAUAACCGCAACCAGAUCCGUGAAUUAGCCCAGACCCUUAUGGAUGGCAGAGUCCUCGAUGAGCUCAUACACAAAAAAGUGGAGGACUACAACACACGCUGGGAUGAACUAAUGCAAAGGGCUUUACAAAGGCGACAGCAGCUGGAGAAGAGCUUGCAGUGGGCCCAGGAGAACGACAAAACCCUGCGCCUCAUUCAGGACUCUCUGAACACCACUGACCGACAUUUGACUGCUUACAUAGCAGAUGGCAUAGACGCUGCACAGAUACCUCAGGAGGCACAGAAAAUUCAGACUGAGUUGAAUGGUCAUGAAGUGACUCUCGAUGACAUGAAGAAAAAGGCUGUCGAGGUUGACGCAUCAGAGAAAGUGAUUGGAGAGAUUGAUGCAACAUAUGAUAAAUUAUUGCAAGUGAAAGGCAAGUUCAGGCUUUUCCAAAAGCCGGCUAACUUUGAUCAACGGUUGAGGGAAUGUGAGCGAGUGUUAGAGGAGGUGAAAGGAAAGCUGGGAGUGCUGAGUAUUCGGAGUGUGGAGCAGGAGGUGGUACAGUCACAGUUGGAUCAGUGCAUGAAGUUCUAUAAGAAUCUGAGUGAAGUGAAAUCGGAGGUGGAGGCGGUGAUAAAGAUGGGAAGACAGAUUGUGCAGAAGCAGCAGACAGAGCAACCCAAGGAGCUGGACGACAGGCUGACGGCCCUCAAACUCGCGUACAAUAAUUUGGGUUCGCAGGUAACAGAAGGAAAGCAAGAACUGGAGAAGCUUUUAAAGUUAUUAAGGAAGUUUAGGAAGGAAGUAAACAGUCUGACAGAAUGGUUGGCAACUACUGAUGAGGAACUGACGCGCCGCUCAUCAGUGGAAGGCAUGCCAAGCGAUUUGGAUGCAGAGUUGUCUUGGGCGAAGGUGACGCAGGAGGACACUGAGCGUCAUAAGCCACAGUUGAAACUGGUGAGGGAGUUGGCAGAGACCCUGAAGGGUUUACUUUGUAGCCAGGAGAACCUUAUUGAUGACAAGGUCAGUCUGCUCAACUGCAACUGGAUCGCAGUGACGUCACGGAGCGAGCAGUGGCUGAAACUCCUGCUGGAUUACCAGAGUCAAAUGAAAACAUUUGAGCAGAACAUUUCUCAGAUCAACACCUGGAUGGAUUGUGCUGAAGAAGUGCUGGACGAGAUGGACAGCCAGGGCUGCGUUGAGCACGUUUUAAAGGGUUUGCGGAUGGAGCUGGAGGAGAUGAAGGGGAAGGUUGAAGCAGUGCAGGUUCUGGCAGAGGACCUUGUAAAGAACAGAGGGGAACAUUGUAAAGCUCAAGUGAAACCAAAGCUAGAACAGCUCAGUCGACGCUUUGACAUCGUCGCAAAGAGGAUUUUAACACACAUUUGUUCUCCAUCCUUGUAUGUUCAGGAGCUGCAGUUCUUGCUGCAGUUUAUCGCUGAAAACGAAGCUCUGAUGAACUCUCCUGAGUGCUGGUCUACAGCAUUCAUCAACGUUUCCCAACAAGAGAAGUGCCUCAAGGAAGUUAAAGUUAAUCUGGAUAAACUGGAGAGUCCAGUGAUGGAGGCUCUGAGCAGGGGUGCCUCUCUUCCAGAGGACAGUUUACUGGUCCAGCUGCUCAGAACCAACUGGGAAAACCUUAAAAAGCUCUAUCAUGACAGAUUCACACGCCUUGAAAAAUCCAAGAAAUUCAGUGAGGAGCAUAAAACGCUUGACAGUUGGCUCACAGAUGCUGAGAGGACGAUAGUGAAGUAUGAACAAGACCCCAUAAAUAAUAGAGACCACCUCAAGGAGCUCCAGGGGGGUUUGGAGAAACAGGAAGCAGCAGUGAAGGGGCUCAAUGCUCUUGGGACAGAUCUGACUCCACAGUGCAGUAAGGACGACAGGGACCACAUUAAACAGCAGCUUGUCUCUAUCAACUCCCGCUGGGCCAAAGUGUCCAACCAGCUCACUGAGAUCAAGAGACGGUUAGUGUCCACUGAUCUUCCUGAGAAGCAGCAACAAAUCGAGGAUCUCCUGAGGGAUUUGUCUUUGUACCAGGAACAGCUCUCCAAGCUCUCAGUUUGGGCCUCCACUACAAAGAAUCAGCUUGAGCAGUCCCCUACUGCAGUGGACCCAAAGAUUGAGGAUGAUGUAAAGGAAACGAAACCAGCAGUGGAAGCUGUUUUGGCAAAACAGAGACCACCAUGCCAACCAGAGAAGGGGCAGUUUGAUGGCCUCAGUGCAGAUUGGACAUCCAUUCAAGUUCUCCUUAAAGACUGGCGAGACAAAUGUCAGCUCGCAGCCGUAACUUUGACUGGUAGUGCAGCAGGGGAUGCAGCCCUUGAUAAAUUCAAUAAAUCCUGGACGGAGCUUGAUGAUUGGCUGACUCUUUUGGAUCACAUGGUUCAGACUCAGAGAGUAAUGGUCGGAGAUCUCGACGAGAUCAACGAAAUGACGGUGAAACUCAAGUCAACACUGCAAGACAUGGACCAAAGAUGCCCACAGCUAAACAAGCAAAUCACUGCGGCUCAGAACAUGAAGAACAAAACCAAUAACCCUGAGACACGGGCAACCAUUACAGACCGCAUUGAAAAAUUACAGGCACACUGGGAAGAUUCCCACACCAAGCUGAUGAACAGGGUCCUUCAACUGCAGAACAUGCAUAAGGACUCCAGUGAUUGGUUGGAGGCCAGAAAACGGGUGGAGCCUCUCAUUAAGAGAGCCAAUGAAAAACUAGAGAGCUGGAAUAAAGUUUCUCACAGUGUUGAUGAUUUAAAAGGCCAAAAUGCAGAUGUCAAGCAACUUUCUAAGGAUAUACAGCAGUGGCAAGCUCAGAUGAAUGUCACCAAUGAGCUGGCGAACAAACUGCUGACCCUUUAUGCAGAUGACGACACAAGGAAAGUUAAACAAAUGACUGACAGCAUGAAUCUAGCUUGGGACAACAUCAAAAAGCGUGCAGGGGACAAGGAGGCAGAUCUGGAAGCCGGACUGCGACAAUUGCAGUAUUUCUACUUGGACCUGGAGAAAUUCCUUAAUUGGCUUACUGAAGCAGAAACCACAGCCAAUGUCUUACAAGAUGCCACAUUUAAGGAGGGACUUCUGGAAAACCCUGCCACAGUGCGGCAUUUACUCGAGCAAUGGCAGGAUCUCCAAGCAGAGAUUGAUGCCCACCAGGAGAUGUACCAUUCAUUAGAUGAAAACGGACAGCGUAUUGUGUCAUCUCUGGAGGGGACGGACAAUGCCGUGGUGCUACAAAAACGGCUUGAUGACAUGGGGCAUCGGUGGCAUGAGCUCUGUAACAAAGUUAUGAGUAUAAGGCCCUAUCUGGAUGCAGGUGUAGAUCAGUGGAAACACAUGCACAUGUCCUUACAAGAGCUGCUCAACUGGCUGCAGCUGAAGAGGGAGGAGUUAGAGAAGCAGAAACCAGUAGGGGGUGAUGUGCCGACCGUGCACCAACAACUACUUACGCACAAGGGCUUCAGAAGAGAGUUGGGUGCCAAAGAACCUGUGAUCAAUGGAACACUCAGCAACGCUAAAACCUUUCUCGCUGAGAUGCCUCGUGAGGGUCUUAAACAGAGGCCUGGACAACUGGAUGUAAGUCCUGAGGAGAGGGUUCAAAACGUGGGCCGCAUAUUGCGUAAAGAAGUGGAGGAUGUAACAGUGCGAUGGAAGAAUCUGGGUGCAGCUUCCGUUGACUGGCAGCAACAGCUGGAACUGGCCUUGGAGAGGCUGAUGGAGCUGCAGGAUGCUCAGGAUCAGCUGGACUUUAAGCUCCGGCAGGCUGAGACCAUGAAGAAUUCUUGGAAGCCUGUUGGAGACCUGCUCAUAGACGAUUUGCAAAACCACAUAGACAGAGUAAAGGCAUUCCAGGAGGAGAUAGCUCCCAUCCAGGAUAAUGUAAAUCAGGUCAACCAACUGGCCUCCACAUUUAGACCACCUGACAUUCAGCUCUCUCCAGACAACCUGAGCAGAAAUGAUGACCUCAACAUGAGAUGGAGGUUCCUGCAGAUCUCCAUUGAGGAACAUCUGACCCAGCUGACCACAGCCUAUAAGGACUUGGGGCCCCAGUCUCAGAAUUUCCUACAUGCGUCCGUUGAAAGCCCUCUUGAACGGUCAAUUUCGCCCAACAAUGUCCCCUACUAUAUCAAUCACCAGACCCAAACAACAUGCUGGGACCACCCAAAGAUGGCAGAACUGUACCAGUCGUUAGGACGAACUGGAAAGAUUCGUACCCUAUCCUUCAAAACAGGAAUAAUCUGUUUGUGCAAAGCUCACCUUGAAGAUAAGUACAGAUUUUUGUUCAGAGAGGUGGCCAGUGCCACAGGCUUUUGUGACCAGCGGCGCCUCGGCCUCCUUCUGCACGACGCCAUUCAGAUCCCCAGGCAGCUGGGUGAGGUGGCGUCUUUCGGUGGGAGCAAUAUCGAGCCCAGUGUGCGCAGCUGCUUUCAGUUUGCCAAUAACAAACCAGAGCUAGAGGCUUCAGUCUUCCUGGACUGGAUGCGUUUAGAACCUCAGUCGAUGGUUUGGCUUCCUGUCCUUCAUCGUGUGGCGGCUGCUGAGGCAGCAAAGCACCAGGCUAAAUGCAACAUUUGUAAGGAAUGUCCUAUUAUUGGCUUCAGGUACCGGAGUUUAAAGCACUUUAACUAUGAUAUCUGCCAAAGCUGCUUUUUUUCUGGCAGAGUGGCCAAAGGUCACAAGAUGCAGUACCCUAUGGUUGAAUAUUGCACACCGACGACAUCAGGAGAGGACGUGCGAGACUUUGCCAAGGUGUUGAAGAAUAAGUUCAGGACAAAGCGCUAUUUUGCCAAGCAUCCUCGCAUGGGUUACCUUCCCGUCCAGACCAUCCUUGAGGGAGACAACAUGGAGACUCCUGUUACACUGAUCAACUUCUGGCCUGUUGACCAUCUGCCAGCAUCUUCCCCCCAACUCUCCCAUGACGACACCCACUCGCGCAUCGAGCAUUACGCUAGCAGGCUAGCUGAAAUGGAGAUCCGAAAUGGCUCGUAUGUGAAUGACAAUGUAUCGCCCAAUGAAAGCAUGGAUGAUGAGCAUCUGCUGAUCCAGCACUACUGCCAGAGUCUGAAUCAAGGCUCUCCUCUCAGCCAGCCGCAGAGCCCCACUCAGAUCCUCAUCUCAAUGGAGACUGAAGAGAAGGGGGAUCUUGAGAGAGUGCUCAACGAUCUGGAGCAGGAAAACAGGAAGCUGCAAUCGGAGUACGAUCGUCUUAAGAAGGCACACGAUCAAAAGGGUCUGUCGCCGUUGCCCUCACCCCCACAGAUGCUGCCCGUCUCUCCCCAGAGUCCACGCGACGCUGAACUGAUCGCCGAGGCCAAACUACUGCGGCAGCACAAGGGACGUUUGGAAGCAAGAAUGCAAAUCCUGGAGGAUCACAACAAACAGCUGGAAUCACAGCUCAAACGCCUUAGACAGUUACUUGAGCAGCCACAGACUGAGUCCAAGGUGAAUGGCACUGCCCUGUCCUCCCCGUCCACUGCCUCUCCGAGAUCUGACACCAGCCUGGCCUCACUGCGUGUGGCCGCAAGCCAAACCACAGAGACGAUGGGUGAUGAUGAGCUGUCCAGUUCCUCCCAGGAUGCAAGCACUGGAUUAGAGGACGUCAUCGAGCAGCUCAACAAUUCCUUCCCCCACAGCCAAGGUGCUAAUGUGGGAAGUCUUUUCCACAUGGUUGAUAACAUUGGACAUGCCAUGGAGUCAUUGGUUAAUGUAAUAACUGAGGAGCAGGAUUUAGACUGAAGAUGUCUUCUCCUAGUUGCAUGCUUUUGUAGUGUCAACAACUGGACAGGAUAUGUUUACAAUGGAAAUAUAAAUAAAAAUCUAUUUUUCUGAAGGAUCGCGGUUCCACUUUGUAGAUUUGAUCUUUAGUAGUUUCAGUAGUUUCUUACAGCGAGUCUAGAAUUGUUUAUUAAUAAUAAUAAAAAAAAGUUUUUUCAACUUCUAUGCAAUUGUACAAAAAUACGACAACAGGUGUGUGAUAACGUAACAUUGCGUGCCAUGUCUUUGUACAGAGUGGAGCACAUUUUAAAAAAGUGUUUUAUCUAAAUGGGUGACUGAGUAUAUGCAGGGGUGCUUUAUCAACUAAUUUUGUUUGUAACAAAAUAACAAAUGCAUAUUAAAAGGCAAGCCCGUUAUACUUGUGCGUGUUUGUGUGUGCGAUAGAGUGUGUUUGAAACGUGUCCAUGUGUAAUCCGUCCCAUUCAACUACUGCAG